AUGGGUGAGAUGAGAGGUGUCAUUCUGCUGACCCUGCUGGGGACUGCACUGGCUGAGGGGAGCGUCAGCUACUCCUGGUACGGCCCAGGACAGACGCCCCUCGAGAAUCCCGCGCCAGAAAACUUGUGUCUGACGGACCCUGGCUCCUGUGGCUGCUGUGUAAUGCAGAGGCAGCUGUGGCGGUUGUCGCAGUUCUUCAACACGAGCCUGAACCAGUUCGAGGCGGGGCUGCAGAAAGCACAGGGUGUGGUCCAAAGCAUCCAGGCCAGCCGCAGCGCCUUCUCCGUCGCCCUGACUGAUUCCCGCCGCUGUGUGGGACCAGAGCGCGAGGAGGUUGCCGUGGUCUACCAGAGCGUCUUUGUCAACAUGGGUGGGUCCUACAACGUGUUCACCGGCGUGUUCACCGCCCCGCGCUCGGGUGUGUACAGCCUGGCACUGACCGUGUUCAGCGACGCCGGCUCCCCUGGCGCCCUGCUGGCCGCCUGUGCCCGCCUACGGCACAACGGCCGCGUGCUGGCCACGCCCAGCGAGAGGAACACCGACGACCAGGAGGACAGCGCCACCGUAGUGCUGGCCACCCAGCUGCGGGCGGGGGACACGGUCUCCGUGCGACUGCCUCCGGGCUGCUUCCUGUGUGAUGACUACAGCCACUACAACACCUUCUCUGGCUUCCUGCUCUACGCCGCUGACUGA